AUGUCUGACCUCCAGGCAACCGUUUCAGAGACCAAGACUGGCUUCCAUGUCGAGGGCUAUGAGAAGAUCGAGUACGACUUCACCUUCAUCGAUGGAGUCUUCGAUGUUGCAAACUCCAACCUAGCAGACUGCUACAAAAAAUGGGGCCGUGUUCUUGCUGUCACUGACAAGAAUGUCUUCAACGUGUAUGGAAAGAAGAUGGAGAAGUACUUCAGUCACUACAACCUUGAUUUGAAGGUCCACCAGACUUCCAUUGGCGAGAAGGCAAAGACCAUUGACACUUUCUUGGAGAUCUGCGACUCCAUGACAGAGUUUGGCAUCAUCCGAAAGGAGCCAGUAUUGGUCGUCGGAGGUGGUCUAGUUACCGAUGUGGCUGGCUAUGCUUGCGCGUCUUACAGACGUAACACUAACUUCAUCCGCGUUCCCACCACAGUCAUUGGCCUGAUCGACGCCAGCGUCAGUAUCAAGGUCGCCGUCAACUACGGCCGAUACAAGAACCGCCUGGGUGCCUACCACGCUCCAAUGCACACCUUCUUGGAUUUCACAUUCCUGCGAACACUUCCCGUUGCACAAGUACGAAACGGCUUCGCUGAGCUGAUCAAGAUCUCUUCUUGCUCUCACCUUGAGGUGUUCGACCUCUUGGACAAGUUCUGCGAGCAAUUGAUCGACUGCAAGUUUGGCAGAGCGGAUGGUGCUCCAGAUGAGGUCCGCAAGGCUGCUGAUAUCAUCAAUCGCGAGGGUAUUUUCGAGAUGUUGAAGCUGGAGUCGCCCAACCUCCAUGAGAUUGGACUUGACAGAGUGAUUGCGUAUGGCCACACCUGGUCCCCUCUCCACGAGCUCGUCCCCGACACACCUUUACGACACGGCCAUGCCAUCUCCAUCGACAUGGCAUACACCGCGACACUUGCUAAACAGAGAGGUCUUCUGUCCGAGCAGGAACACAAGAGACUCCUCACUCUGUUCUCUCGAGCCGGUCUCACCAUAGACCACCCUCAGUUCGACGACGAAGUCCUCGAGCAGGGUACACAAGCCAUUCUCAAGACUCGAGACGGUCUGCUACGUCUGGCCGUGCCCAACCCCCUAGGAAGCUGCAAGUUCGUCAACGACGCGACCGAGGACGAGCUCAGAGACGCUCUCCACGAGCACAAGCGCAUUUGCAAAACGUACCCCCGCCAGGGGGCAGGUCUCGAGGCGUAUGUCGACAGCAGCGAUACUGGUUACACCGAUAAUGGUCAGACUGUCGAGGAGGCUGCCCAGGCGGCGGACUUCCCACCUGGAAGCAAGCUUGUCAACGGGGCCACCAACGGCCACAGCAACGGCGAUGCCUCUCUGCUCGAGAAGGUCAAGGCUGCCUUGGCGCCAAACACCAAUGGUCACACAAAUGGUUACACUAACGGUGUCAAGGUUCAGGCGUAA